UUGGGUUUAUGCCGUGGGUUUCUAUGGUGGAAAACGCAAGCCUCAGCUGGAAAAACAAACAGAAAGCUCCUCCCUCCUCUCUUUCUCUCUCGCAAGUAUCAACUUGUGUCUCUGCACAGCUUCUAUCGCCUUCUCUCAGAGGCCAUAAGCCAGAGAUAGAGAGUGCGCAGAGACAGAGAGGGAGAGGUGGGAGACUAGAGCAUACCAAAACCCCGGGGCCUGAUUCUGAGCCCUGGUUUCCUCUCAUGGAUUCUUCUGUUUUCUCUCUCCUCUGAGGUCGCUUUGUUCCCACGGCAAUUCUGCUUUCAAACACAGGAAAUUAUCGAUUCGUGCUUCCUUUUUCGGUUUUAAUUUCUCCUCUUCAGCUCACUCUGGCAGACCUUAAAGGAACACUUGCGUUCCUUCGAUCCUCUCUUUUCUCCUUCCUGCCAGAUCGCUUCGAUUUCAAAUCUAAGAAAAAGAAGAGGAGAGCUUUUUAUUGUGGAAAAAUGCUCUGGAUUAUGCGUUUCUCUGGCUUCUUCUCUGCAGCCAUGAUCAUGAUCAUCCUCUCCCCCUCUUUCCAAUCCUUCUCUCCUGCUGAGGCCAUUCGAUCUUCUCACCUCGACAGCUUCUUGGGGAAUCCUGCCACCCAUUUCCCGGACAGAUUCUCAUUUCGAAAAGCUGCUGUAUUCCGCAAUGCCGAUAAAUGUAGCUCAAGCGAUAACCAAAUCUCAGGGAAAACCGGUGUCUGCGAUCCUAACUUGGUACACGUUGCCAUUACACUUGAUGUUGAGUAUCUCCGGGGAUCAAUCGCCGCUGUACACUCCAUAUUGCAGCAUUCAUUGUGUCCUGAGAGUGUUUUCUUUCACUUUUUGGUUUCAGAGACCAAUCUGGAAUACCUAGUGCGGUCUACUUUUCCCCAAUUGAAGUUCAAGGUGUAUUACUUUGAUCCAGAUAUUGUGCGAAAUCUGAUCUCCACUUCUGUCAGGCAAGCCCUUGAACAACCACUCAAUUACGCGAGGAAUUACUUGGCUGAUCUGCUGGAGCCUUGCGUUCGUAGAGUGAUUUACUUGGACUCUGAUUUAGUUGUGGUUGAUGAUAUUGCAAAGCUGUGGACUACGAAUUUGGGUUCUAGAACAAUCGGAGCCCCGGAAUACUGCCACGCAAACUUCACAAAAUAUUUCACGGCGAGUUUCUGGUCUAAUAUUAGGUUUUCCGGUACUUUUAAUGGUCGGAGAUCUUGCUACUUCAACACUGGAGUAAUGGUGAUAGAUCUGGCGAAGUGGAGGCGGGUUGGCUACACAAAGCGGAUUGAACGAUGGAUGGAGAUCCAGAAGAGUGACCGGAUUUAUGAGCUGGGGUCACUCCCGCCGUUCCUCUUGGUUUUUGCGGGACACGUGGCUCCGAUCGAGCACCGAUGGAACCAACAUGGAUUAGGGGGUGAUAAUGUGAGAGGCAGCUGUCGUGAUCUGCAUUCGGGUCCAGUUAGUCUUCUACACUGGUCAGGCAGUGGCAAGCCGUGGCUCAGGAUCGAUUCAAGGCAACCUUGCCCACUUGAUGCUCUAUGGGCUCCUUACGACUUGUACGGACACUCGCAUUGAAUCAUAGGAGCGUCGCCGCCGGUGGAGUGCAAUGAGCAAAAAGGUGGAGGGGGGCAUGUGAGCGAAGUUGCUAGUCGGUUGUGCAUUUUGUGCGAUGGGCGAGUGGGCCUCCUCCAACGCAAAGGCGUGGUGCCGGCUGGAGGAAAAAGCUUAAAUUAGCAAUGGGAAGAAUCUAAGAGGUGGUGGUGAUAUUGGCAAAGUCAAGUGGACGGGAGUAUAUAUAGUUGUUGGAUUCAUUUGCGGCAGCCUGAGGCUUGUGAUUUGUGAACAACCUCAUUUUCUGUCCCUUUGCGCAUUUUUGUGUUAUUCUGGAUAAUUCUACUAUGAGGCGAUGGAAUUUAUUUAUUUGUUUAUAUAUAGAAGAUUAUCCAGCUAACAGAUAAAUCAAGCGUUUUGGAAA